AUGUCUGAGGCUACCAAGAAGCCAGCGCCGGUCUUGACCCAGCGUGAGACGGAAAUCCUCAUCGCUGCGCUUCAGAAUGUCAAAAGUGGCGAUAUCCAAAUCGACUAUGCCAACAUGGCCGUGACCCUCGGCGUUGCCAACGGUACUUCGGCCGCUGCACGCUGGAGCGAGGUCAGAAAGAAGCUCUCACUUCCCAAGAAGGAGAAAGGUUCUGGUGGUGCUAAUGGCGAGCCAUCCACUCCGAAGGCAAGAACUCCACGCAAGCCAAAGGACGCCAAUGCUACUCCGGCUUCUACCAAGAAGACCCCGAAGACCUCGAAGACCCCAACUCACGUCAAGGAUGAUGCAGAAGGCGGCGACGAGGCUGACGAGCUUGCUCUUCCAGCCACUACUCCUAAAGUCGAGAACAACGACGAAGAACCAGCUGUCGCGGCUACUCCCAAAACCCCCGAGACUCCAGCUGCAGGAAAGAAGCGCGUUCGUAAGACCAAGGCUGAGAAGGAGGCCGAAGCUGCUGCCAACGGUGGUGCUGGUGCCGACGCUGAUGGUGAUGACAAGGAUGAGAAGCCAGCCAAGAAACCUCGCAAGACUCCCGUGAGAAAGAAGGCCGCUGCUGCCGCGGAUGCUGAGGGUGACGGAGAAGUCACAGCAGCUCCCGCAAAGGCCAAGAAGGCAACUCCACGCAAGAACGCCGCUGCAUCCAAGAAAGCCGCUGCUGCAGACGCCAAAGGAUCCGACGACGCUGAUGCUGAAGUUGACGAUGCCGAUGCCGAUGCCGACGCCGACGCCAAAGACAAAGCCACAAAGGAGAAACUCGUUGCUGAUGCUGCCUUGGCCAACGAUGUUCUCAACGGCAAGAAAACCGUCACUCCGAACCUUGAAGCCGGCGACGAGAAUGUUGCUGUUGGCGAUGGCGCGUCGACAGUCGAUCAGGAAGAGGAGAAUAGCGACGAAGAUGAAGGCGAAGACGAAGGCGAAGACGGUCGCAAAGAAGCCGACGUGGCCGAAGAAGUCAAUACCGAAACCGCUUGA